UUAUCAUGCCUAAUUGCCUAUCGCGCUGCCGCCCCUGCCGGUAUUAUAAAAACAAAACAAACAAACUAUCAUAGAUCAUAGUUUGCAUUUAAUUUCGUGUAGGUUUAAUUGUUUAAUGAAGAAAAUCGUAAUACAUGGAUCAACAAGAAAGAGAGAAUAUGAAAUAUUUUGUCCUCACUAUGCGAAAUAACUUAAAACAAUUUUGUGAUGAUGUUGGCUGGGAAUGUCCAUCCGUGUCCAACGAAAAUAUUAAAAAGCAUUAUGAAAAGACUGCAGUUGAGGAAAGAAAUGCUGCGCCUAUGAAGGAUGAUUCAAAGGAAAUUGAUUUGUUUCCUGAAUUUUACGACAGCAACAGAGGCUGUUCACUUUUAAUAACUCCAGAUGAAGUGAGCAAGGUUAUCAGUCAUGCUGGCUGUGGAAGUGUGGCAGAAGACAUGAGAACACCAAAAUCGGCAUUUGAGUUGCAGAUGACUUACAACCCAGCCCAGCGUCUGGCCAUUUAUGAGCAUGUAACCAACUUGACCAAAGAUAAAGUGCCUCAAUUGCCUUUGACUGAGCUAGAUCUGGUCUUUGAGCCCAGUUUGGAACAAGACAAAAGUGAAAAAUCUCGUUUUGAUGUUCUAAAUGAAGAAAGGAAUGCCAAAAGAAGAAGAAUAAAUUACAAGCAGGCCAAAAAAGUUCACACCCACAAUAAAACACAUACUGAGGUAAUGGCUGAGGUUAUUAAAAAUCAAAUGGAGGUUUACCAAGAGUGGCUGGCAAUGUGUGGAGUUGGAAAGAACACGGCUCAAACUUCACAGGCGGAGACAAAAUCAAAAAAUGAAGGCAGACUGGAUCUAUCCUCUGUAUUUGUGGCUACGCUCGGCUCUUCAGAGAAAAAGCGUGAACGAAGCAGGAGCCCUCGAUCUCAUAACAAACAUGGUAAAAAGCAUCACAAAGAAAAGUCAAAGAAGCGGAGUCGCUCUCGGGAGAGGAAACACGGGAAGAAAAAGAAAAAUAAGGAUAAAAGGGACUAGCAAACAAAAGCUCAAUUUGCUUCAUUUUCAAUUAUUGUUUUUAUAAAUAUAUGCUGGACAAGACAAACAAUAAUUAUUUUUUAUUUAUCAUAAUAUUAUCUGGGUAAGGGAUCAAGCAGUGUAAUAAAAUGCUUUGUUUUUAUUUUACAGUUUAUUUAACAGCUUAAAUAAACAAACAUAAUUUAAUUUGAAUGUA